CAACAACGGCGCCAGUUCCGUGAAGUUUAUCUGAUGCCACAUCUCACUUCGUCACAUAUUACGCGCAGACGCUUGGAAAUAUAUAGCAUCGCAUAUACUUUUUCUUUUUCAAAGAGUUCCCAUUAACCGACCUACUUUGAUAACUUUCACCAUUUUUACCUUUAAAGGGGAUAUUACAUCAUUUGCCAGGACAAGGAAGUGCAUUGCUACUCCACCGAAGCCAAAUAUCGACAGUUUGGAAUAAAGGACAGCGUUCCCACUUGCCGCCUCACUUUAUAUAACUUUACAUCUCCGGUUUUCCCUCGUAUCCGUCCUGCAAGAAAGGUCACCAGAGAGUUGGAGUGUGUGGAGACAUGACAGCAUUAGCGGGGGCCGUACCCAGAAUGAUGCGCCCCACGCUGGCCCAGAACUACCCGCGGAGCGGUUUCCCUCUGGAAGUUUCCACCCCGCUAGGUCAGGGCAGAGUAAACCAACUUGGAGGAGUUUUCAUAAACGGCCGACCUCUGCCUAACCACAUCCGUCACAAGAUCGUAGAGAUGGCCCACCACGGCAUCCGACCGUGCGUCAUCUCCCGCCAGCUGCGAGUUUCUCACGGCUGCGUAUCCAAAAUCCUGUGCAGGUACCAGGAGACCGGCUCCAUCCGGCCCGGUGCCAUCGGAGGAAGCAAACCCAAGCAGGUAACCACGCCUGAUGUGGAGAAGAAAAUCGAGGAGUAUAAGAGGGACAACCCGGGAAUGUUCAGCUGGGAAAUUCGGGAUAAAUUACUGAAAGAUGGAAUAUGUGACAGAAAUACCGUCCCGUCAGUGAGUUCAAUCAGUCGCAUUAUGCGAAGUAAAUUCGGAGGCAAAGGUGAAGACGACGACGACGAGGACGAAAUUGAGAAGAAGGAGUUGGAGGACAACGAGCGAAGGGCGAAACACAGCAUCGACGGGAUUCUUGGAGACAGAUCGAGCCACUCGGACGAGGGUUCGGAGGUGGAGUCAGAGCCGGACCUGCCCCUGAAGAGGAAGCAGCGGCGGAGUCGCACCACCUUCACGGCGGAGCAGCUGGAGGAGCUGGAGCGGGCCUUCGAGCGGACGCACUACCCCGACAUCUACACCCGCGAGGAGCUGGCGCAGCGGGCCAAGCUGACCGAGGCACGCGUGCAGGUCUGGUUCAGUAACAGAAGAGCUAGAUGGAGGAAGCAAGCAGGAGCCAAUCAGCUGAUGGCAUUCAAUCACCUGAUCCCUGGUGGGUUCCCGCCAUCGGCCAUGUCCACCCUGCCACCCUAUCAGCUAUCUGACAGCCCUUAUCCCCCUACAUCCAUCUCACAAGCAGUGGUAUCAGAGCAGCCCAGCACCGUCCACCGGCCCCAGCCUCUGCCCCCAACCUCGGUGCACCAGAGCAGUCUGGGAGCAGCGGGGGGUGGGCAAGAGGGUGGCUCCGCCUACUGCUUGGCCUCCGGACGCCAUGGCUUCUCUGGCUACUCGGACAGCUUUGUGUCCCCAGCUGGGCCCUCAAACCCUAUGAACCCAGCCAUCAGCAAUGGCCUCUCACCCCAGGUGAUGGGACUGUUGAACCCUGGUGGAGUGCCCCACCAGCCCCAGAGUGACUACGCCCUGUCGCCCCUCACCGGGGGCCUGGAGCCCAGCAGCGGGAUGGCAGCCAGCUGCUCCCAGCGCCUGGACCACAUGAAGGGCCUAGAGGGCCUCUCUAGCCUGUCCAGCCUGCCCACCCUGCCCAGCUCCCAGUCCUACUGCCCGCCCACGUACAGCUCGCCUGCGUACAGCGUGGACCCCGUCGCCACGUACCAGUACGGGCAGUACGGGCAAAGUAAGGUGCCUUUCAUUAUUUGAAGCCCGAAAUUGCCUGAACCCGAAGUGUCUCCCAAAUGCUCUCGUGGCCGACCCUCCCCAUCUCCUGCGGCUCCCCUUGUCCAGGAGGCUGGGGUGGGACGAGGGCGUGCUCCAGUCAGGUAUGGGAAGGGUUGAUUCGUAUAAUCAGGACCAAAAGGGCAGCCUCUCCAGUUACCUGCCAUCUGACUUAUUAAUUUCACAUCAUGCUUUGA